AAUACUAUCAUCUCAUUACUAGUCAUUACGGAUACAAAGAGUGACCAUGUUUGUUCUAAAUCGAGUACAAAGUAUAAAUAAUAUUUUUAGACAAGUUAACUUAAUAAAGAAUGCUUUAGAGAACAAUUAUCCAUUAAAAAGAUGGCUGCACGAUCACCUAACAUUAGCGAUAUUAGGAGAAAAUCUAAGUUUCCCAUACGUGUGGUUACGCGAUAACUGUCAGUGCGAAAUGUGUUUUCAUCAAUCGGCACGAAGUAGAAUAUUAGAUUGGAGCAAUUUCGACCUUGAUGUGAAGCCACGAGAUGUAGUUAGAGACGAAAAUUCCUUGCAAGUGACCUGGACUGAUGGACACAAAUCCAAGUUUGAUCUCAACUGGUUGAAGUUUAGAAGUUUCACUGCAGAUAAUCAACAGAGGUACAAUGAAGCUAUUUACAAGCCUAAGAAGAUCACUUGGAGCGGAGAACAAUUCCAGAAGAUUUGUACUAAACAUGAAUACGAUGAAAUAUUGAAUUCUGAUAAAGGUCUUUACAAUUGGCUUUUAAAGUUAUCAACGUAUGGUGUAGCUCUUAUACAAAAUACACCUAAUUCUGAGACAGCCAUCGAUUCUAUUGUGGAAAGGAUAGGUUUUACAAAAAGAACCCAUUACGGAGUCAAAUUCAUAGUUCAGCAUGUCGCUAAUACAAGCAACGUCGCGUAUUUGUCCAGCAAUUUACAGAUGCACACUGAUCUGCCUUACUAUGAAUAUUGCCCGGGAGCCAACUUGUUACAUUGUUUGGUGCAAACCAAGAGUUUAGGCGGUGAAAACUUACUAUCUGAUGGUCAUUUUAUAGCUGAACAUAUAAAGGAAAACUAUCCUGAUCAAUAUAAAUUACUAACUGAGGUAGAAGUUGAAUGGAGCGAUAUAGGAACAGAGGAUAAAAAUGAUUUUUUUAAACUCUAUAGAGCUCCAGUAAUAUGUUUAGACAAACAUGGUGCUGUAACUAGAAUUAACUUUUCUAUACCCCAAAGAGGUAGCCAUUUUCCUGGCACCAUAGAUAUGGUAAAGCCUUGGUAUGAAGCUCAUAGACUUUUCUUAGCAUUAAACCAUAGAUUUUCAGCUAAAUUUAAGACAAAAGAAGGCGACAUCCUUGCAUUUGAUAACAUCAGACUGUUGCAUGGAAGGAAUGCUUAUGAAGAUAAUAAUGAUAAUGUGAGGAAACUCAUUGGAGCCUAUGUUGAUUGGGACGAGAUAUAUUCAAGGUUGCGAUGUUUGAAAAUUAAAUUAAAGAGUGAAGAUACAGUGUAUUAAAUUAACUGAGUUUAAUUAAAAUUGCGGCAACACGGUUUUAUAUAAUAAACAUGGAAGGCACCAAAUUAUUAGAAAUAUAUCG